GAGAGUAACUGCUAAAACGGUCAGUCGCAUCAACCCAAAAUGUAAAAGACACUGUUUUGUUCCCACGCCCGAUCAAAGCCCUAGGGUUUUACUUCUCGUAUUCAAGGAAGCUCUCCCAUCGUCAAUGGCGGACUACUGCCUCAAUCAGCAAACCAACCAUGAAAAUGGAAAGGACCACGGCGUGUUACUGUACUACAAGUACGCAGAAAUCCCCAACAUUCAAUACCUCUUUGAUUUCUACCAUUCGAAUUGCACCUCUCUCUCCCUCCUCGGUCGCGUCCGUCUCUCUUCCCAGGGCGUCAACGUCACUGUUGGGGGGAGAUUGACGGCAUUGGAGGAACACAUUGAGGUAGUGAAAUCUAACCCUCUGUUUGAAGGAACCGACUUCAAGCUGGCCUCUUGCUCCGAGCCGUUGAGCGAUCAAGUGGCCAAGGAAUGUGGAUUUACUUCUUUAUCUAUCCGGAUAGUCAAGGAACUGGUGACGUUAAGCUCUCAUCCCUUGUUGAAGUCUCCGGAGAUUUCAAAUGCUGGGAGACAUCUCUCGGCAGCUGAAUUUCACUCUGUUCUUCAGAAUGCUGGUGAUUGUCAAGAGUUAAGUAGUGGCUCCAACAAGGAACUGAUACUGUUAGAUGCAAGAAACUUGUACGAGACGAGAAUAGGCAAGUUUCAUGCUCCAGAUAUCAAAACAUUGGAUCCAGCGAUCAGGCAGUAUAGUGACUUGCCCUCAUGGAUUGACGACAAUUCCGAGCAAUUGCGGGGGAAUAAUAUCCUUAUGUACUGUACUGGAGGAAUUAGAUGUGAGAUGGCAUCAGCCUAUAUCAGAUCUAAAGGUGCUGGUUUUGAAAAUGUUUUUCAGUUAUAUGGUGGAAUCCAAAGAUAUAUGGAACAAUUCCCAGAUGGAGGCUUCUUCAAAGGAAAAAAUUUUGUUUUUGACCAUCGGGUUUCUGUUGGGAGCUUAGAUCCUAUUGUGUUGGGAACUUGCCUUCUCUGUGGCGUGUCAUUUGAUAACUACACUUCACGUUGCCGGUGUACUCAUUGUAGGAUGCUUGUGUUAGUCUGUGAUCAUUGUCGGGAAAUAAAUCGGUCUUAUGUUUGUGAAUUGUGCCAGAAAGCUGGCAAGCCUGUCAAAUCCAUUUGCUCUAUGUCGGGAGAAGUAACAGAAACAGCAUAUGAUAAUCAGAGUCUCGAGAUUGAUCAAGCCUCGUCUCUUCUAUCUUCGAGUGAAGGGCGAGAUACAGCUUUGGCUAUGCCAAUUAGAAAACUCCGAAUUUUAUGCUUGCAUGGCUUUCGGCAGAAUGCAUCCGGUUUCAAAGGAAGAACAGCAUCAUUAGCCAAGAAACUCAAGAACAUUGCGGAGCUUGUGUUUGUUGACGCACCACAUGAGUUACCUUUCAUUUACCAAGCUCCGCUGGCUGAUCAGAAUCAUGGUUGUGAUUCAGCAUUCGAGCAGAAAAGCCCACCCUUGAACCAUUGCAAUAGGAAGUUUGCAUGGUUGGUCGAUGCAGAUUAUAGUGGAAAGGAUGAUUCUGAGUGGAAGAUGGCUAAAGCUCCUUUCGACUCUCUGCAGUACCAGCAACAAACAGAGGGGUUCGAAAGGUCUAUUGAAUACUUGAAAACUGUAUUCUCUGAAAAGGGGCCUUUCGAUGGGAUAUUGGGAUUCUCUCAAGGAGCUGCAAUGGCUGGCUUAGUCGGUGCUGGGCGAGAAGAGCUUAAGGGUGACUUAGAUUUUAGGUUUGUUAUUUUAUGCUCAGGUUUUUGUGUUAAUAUGGGAAGAUACGUGGAGGGAUCAAUCAACUGUCCAUCACUUCAUAUUUUCGGCCACAAAGAGGGCAAGGACAGACAGAUAGAUUGCGAAGCCAGUAUGCAGCUUGCUUCCUUGUUUGAGAAUGGAUGCUCGGUCAUUAUUGAACACGACUUUGGUCAUAUAAUCCCCACAAAAUCUCCAUACAUUGGUGAGAUUAAAGAUUUUCUUAGACGCUUUCAGUAAUUUGCUGAAUCCUCUAAUGUAUUCUCGUAUGCUUUUGCAAUUAUGUAUCACAUUUCUUUAGGAUAUUAUCGUGUUUCAGUUUCUCGA